ACUAGUCAUGAGUUGGAGACGACGCACUGGGACCACCCGAAGAUGAUUGAGCUAAUGAACUCGCUGGCAGACCUCAACGAGGUGCGCUUCUCCGCGUACCGCACCGCGCUCAAACUAAGAGCUUGUGCGAAGGCGUUAUGCAUGCACAUGCUGCAGCUGCCGGCGGCGCUGGAGGCGUUCGACUCGCACGGCCUGCGCGCGCAGAACGACCGCCUCAUCGACAUCCCCGAUAUGAUCACCGUGCUCACUUCUUUAUACGAGGUGAUAGCGGCAGAAAAUCCAAGCCUAGUGAACGUACCACUCUGCCUGGACCUGUCCAUCAACUGGCUACUGAAUGUGUACGACAGCCAGCGCACCGGCCAGAUCCGCGUGCUCAGCUUCAAAGUUGGCCUGGUGCUGCUCUGCAAGGGACAUCUCGAGGAGAAGUAUAGAUAUCUAUUCCGACUGAUAGCAGACCCGUCGUGUCGAGCGGACCAAAGGAAACUUGGCCUGCUCUUGCACGAUUGUAUACAGGUGCCACGACAGCUAGGGGUGGCGGCGUUCGGAGGCUCCAACAUCGAGCCCUCCGUCCGCAGCUGCUUCGAGCAGGCGUCGGCCGCCAGAGAGCCACCACGGACCGCCACGCUGGAUAGAAAGCCUGGACUAUCCUUAAAACAGCCUGGGAGCAGAAAAGAGAAAGAGAAAGAAGAAUCAAAAGAGAAGACCCUGGAACGCGACGCGGAUGGACAGCUGCAGCACAUCGAAGCGUUCCACUUCUUGCAGUGGCUGCAGAAGGAGCCGCAGUCCAUGGUGUGGCUGCCGGUGCUGCACCGCCUCGCUGCUGCUGAAAGCGCCAGGCAUCAAGCCAAGUGUAAUAUCUGCAAGGAGUAUCCCAUCGUCGGCUUCAGAUACCGAUGCCUCAAGUGCUUCAACUUCGACAUGUGCCAGAAGUGCUUCUUCAACGGACGCAAGGCGAAGAACCACAAGCUCACGCAUCCCAUGCAGGAGUACUGCACAGCUACAACGUCUGGUGAGGACGUGCGCGACUUCACGCGAGCCUUGCGCAACAAGUUCAAGUCGGCGAGGUACUUCAAGAAACAUCCACGAGUGGGAUAUCUGCCCGUACAGACUGUUCUAGAAGGAGACGCGCUGGAGUCCCCCGCCCCGUCCCCGCAGCACGGCGCAGGCGCGGCGGGCGCGGGCGGCGCGGGCGCGCGCUCGGACGACAUGCACUCGCGCCUCGAGCUCUACGCCUCCCGCCUCGCGCAGGUCGAGCUCGGCGCCGCCGACAACACGCCGGACAGUGACGAGGAGCACCAGCUGAUCGCGCAGUACUGCGCGUCGCUGAACGGCGCCGCCGACAGCGAGGAGGCGCCGCGCUCGCCCGUGCAGGUCGUCUCCAUCAUACACCGCGAGCAGCGACACGAACUCGAGGCCAUGAUACGGGAACUGGAAGAGGAGAACGCCAGUCUCCAAGCGGAGUAUGAGCGCCUGAAAGCCAAGCAGACGCCAGGAUCCACUCCAGAGGAGCAGCACGGACUCACUGACAACAGGAACGCACCGGCUGAUCAGGACAUGAUGGCGGAGGCGCGCCUGCUGCGGCAGCACAAGGGCCGGCUCGAGGCGCGCAUGCAGAUCCUCGAGGAACACAACCGGCAGCUCGAGGCUCAGCUGCAGAGACUGCGGCGGCUGCUCGAUGAGCCGGCGCAGGGCUCGCCGCCGGCGCGCACGGGCACGCUGCAGACGCGCUCCGUCACCGCCUCGCAGCUCGCCACCGACUCGCCCGCCAAGAUGCACAACGGGCUCUACCACGAAUCGCAGACCAAUGGCGGCGGUCGCUGGGCGGGCGCCGAGCGCGAGGCGCUGGAGCGGCCGCCGCCGCCGCCGCACUCCGUGCACUCGCUCAUGCACUGCGCAGGACGCAUACCUUGAGGUAAAUAUUAAUUA